AUGUUGAUCCGACGUCAGGACCCAUCGUUGAUCCGACGCCAACACCAAACGUUGAUCCGACGUCAGGACCCAACGUUGACCCAAAAGUCAGGACCCAACGUUGAUCCGAAGUCAGGACCCAAUGUUGAUCCGAUGUCAGGACCCAACGUUGAUCCGACGUCAGGACCCAACGUUGAUCCGAAGUCAGGACCCAACGUUGAUCCGACGUCAGGACCCAACGUUGAUCCGACAUCAGGACCCAUCGUUGAUCCGAAGCCAACACCAAACGUUGAUCCAUCGUCAGGACCCAACGUUGAUCCAUCGUCAGGACCCAACGUUGAUCCAUCGUCAGGACCCAACGUUGAUCCGACCUCAGGACCCAAAGUUGAUCCAACAUCAGGACUCAUCGUUGAUCAGACGUCAGGACCCAUCGUUGAUCCGACGCCAACACCAAACAUUGAUCCAUCGCCAACACCAAACAUUGAUCCAUCGUCAGGACCCAACGUUGAUCCAUCGUCAGGACCCAACGUUGAUCCGACCUCAGGACCCAACGUUGAUCCGACCUCAGGACCCAAAGUUGAUCCGACGUCAGGACCCAACUCAGGACCCAAUGUUGAUCCGACGUCAGGACCCAACGUUGAUCCGACAUCAGGAUCCAUCGUUGAUCCGAAGCCAACACCAAACGUUGAUCCAUCGUCAGGACCCAACGUUGAUCCAUCGUCAGGACCCAACGUUGAUCCGACCUCAGGACCCAAAGUUGAUCCGACGACAGGACCCAUCGUUGAUCAGACGUCAGGACCCAUCGUUGAUCCGACGCCAACACCAAACAUUGAUCCAUCGUCAGGACCCAACGUUGAUCCAUCGUCAGGACCCAACGUUGAUCCGACCUCAGGACCCAAAGUUGAUCCGACAUCAGGACUCAUCGUUGAUCAGACGUCAGGACCCAUCGUUGAUCCGACGCCAACACCAAACAUUGAUCCAUCGCCAACACCAAACAUUGAUCCAUCGUCAGGACCCAACGUUGAUCCAUCGUCAGGACCCAACGUUGAUCCGACCUCAGGACCCAACGUUGAUCCGACCUCAGGACCCAAAGUUGAUCCGACGUCAGGACCCAACGUUGAUCCGACGUCAGGACCCAUCCCAACACCAAACGUUGAUCCAUCGUCAGGACCCAACGUUGAUCCAUCGUCAGGACCCAACGUUGAUCCGACCUCAGGACCCAAAGUUGAUCCGACGACAGGACCCAUCGUUGAUCAGAUGUCAGGACCCAUCGUUGAUCCGACGCCAACACCAAACAUUGAUCCAUCGUCAGGACCCAACGUUGAUCCAUCGUCAGGACCCAACGUUGAUCCGUCGUCAGGACCCAACGUUGAUCCGACCUCAGGACCCAACGUUGAUCCGACUUCAGGACCCAAAGUUGAUCCGACGUCAGGACCCAACGUUGAUCCGACGUCAGGACCCAACUUUGAUCCGACGUCAGGACCCAACGUUGAUCCGAAGUCAGGACCCAACGUUGAUCCGAAGUCAGGACCCAACGUUGAUCCGACGUCAGGACCCAACGUUGAUCCGACAUCAGGACCCAUCGUUGAUCCGAAGCCAACACCAAACGUUGAUCCAUCGUCAGGACCCAACGUUGAUCCGACCUCAGGACCCAAAGUUGAUCCGACGUCAGGACCCAUCGUUGAUCAAACGUCAGGACCCAAACGUUGA